AUGGACAAACACAAAUCCAGUCGGCUGCAACCCUACAUACCAAAUGAUAAUCUAAACAAUUCACUUGGUGCCAUCAGAAUCUUUGGAAUAGAGAUGAUUGAAGAUGAGCUCAGACCACAUUUGAAGACGGUCCUGACUAUCAUACAAGAAAGAAAGAAAGGCGCUGCUGAGCAAGUGGUUGUCAGUGGGAUCCUGCCUAUCCUGGCAAUCUCUCUAAGGAGGAGAGGACCUCUCACCCUUCUGACAGUAGAACUGGUGGCUGAACUCGCCAAGGAGUCCGUGGUCCGUAAAGGCUUUGGCGAGGCAGGCCUGGUGAACGCUGUGCUCUCUGUCAUGACCAGCUCAAACCAGGAGCUACUCCUCCACGCCACACGGGCCAUCUCACGAAUGUCAUAUGACAGCUUAACACAACAAGAGCAGCUCCUACGACACGGCGCGGUGCCUCUCAUCAUCAGCACUCUGCUCCGCUUUCCCAACAACGAGGCCCUGGAGGGGGUGUGCCUGCUGGCCCUCUGCAACCUUGGCGACAUGGGGGAGGCGGAGGAGGCCGGGCUAGUUUGGGAGAGGGGCAUGUCUCCCAGGCCAGAGGAGUCUGUGUUUCACGGCGUCGCUCCUCAAAGCUGUGGGUUCGGCUCCUCGGUCACCCUGGUUCGCGUGUGCCAGUGGGCACAUGGCCAGUGCUCUGUCAGUAUCGAGGUCUUCCAGCGCUGCUCAUCCUCCUUCUGGAACCUUCAUGGGAAGAAACGGACCACCCGCCACUUCUCCAUUUCCAGCCUUGGCAGCUGCUCAAAUCUAUACAAAAUGAUCAAGUACUCUGUGAACAAUGUUCCUCGGACCCAAAGUCUGAGGACCCGCAUGUUCCACACUUUCCUCUGA